UCGGGCCGCUCCGCCCGGGGAGAGGAGCGUCUCUCCGGCGGCUCUCCGGCGGGCUCCGGGCUCCGGAGGGCACCGGGAGGACCGGGGAGCCGAGCCGGGGGCAGGGCUCCGUGUGGCCGGGUGUGGGCUCCGGUAGCUGCCCGGAUGAAUCACAGCGACACGCGGCCUGCAGCUGCUGCUCUGGCCCGGUCCGGUCCGGGUUAGUCCGGCCCCCCCGACUCAUCGCACCAUGGCAGAUACCGAGCACGACUUCCAGACCGGCGAGUCCGGCGCCUCCGCCACCUUCCCCAUGCAGUGCUCCGCCCUGCGCAAGAACGGCUUCGUGGUGCUGAAGGGACGUCCCUGCAAAAUCGUGGAGAUGUCCACCUCCAAGACCGGCAAGCACGGGCAUGCUAAGGUUAACAUGGUCGGCAUCGACAUCUUCACCAACAAGAAAUUUGAAGAUAUGUGCCCCUCCACCCACAACAUGGAUGUUCCCGCAAUCAAGAGAUUAGACUACCAGUUGAUCAACAUCGCUGAAGGCUACAUGUCCUUGUUGGGCGACAACGGUGAAGUCAGGGAGGACCUGCGUGUCCCCGAGAACGACAUCGGCAAGGAGAUCGAGUCCAAGUUUGAAGGAGGCGAGGAUUUCCUGGUCACCGUGAUCAGCGCCAUGGGGGAGGAGUGUGCUGUCGCCACCAAGGUCCUGCCCAACAAAUAGGGAGACCAGACACAAGCUCCACCCACAACCAGUCUCUUGCAUUCUCAUCGGUUCUGUCACCAAAGCGUCGGCCUUCACAGACAACCUCAAUCAUCCUGUUGUGAUUUCUCCUCAUUGAUCUGAUUUCUCUCCUCUUUUGGUUUCCUCCUCCUCUCCCGGCUGUUUUGGAACGUUCCACCGCGGCUAGCUGCAGGUUCCACCGCGGCUCGCUGCUGGUUCUCCGCCCGCUCACUGAAGUUUCUGUUUGCCAACGAUCGACUUUCUAUAAGACAACCUCAAAAAUAAUGAUCGCUCGCUCCUUCCUACUUAUUUUCGCCUUCAAAGUGUUGGUUCCUGCCACGCACGUUCCUGAAUGUUCAAAUAACAACAGGAUUCAGCUUUUGUAUGAUUAUUUUUUUAUAUUCUUUAGAUUGAAUAAAGAAGGUGUUGAACCCUUUAGGGGGGGACUAGAGACUAGAUCCUGGUUUAGAUUGUCCCAGUAGCAGCCGGAUCUUCCCAGUUUGGCCUCGGCUCUGGUUCCUGACUGGAUUCUUUCGGUUGGCGGCGACGCACUUCCCAGCACUUGAGUUCCCCCCAAGCCCC